GAAAGCUAGAAUUAUCUUGAAAUUUUGUUAUUCGAAAGGUUAGUUAGUUCGUGUGUUGUUAUAGUGCUGUAACGUCUUUCUAUUCCAUUUUUUAAAAAAGAAAAUGGCAAAUUAUAAUUUUUUAGAAGCAUUUAAAGAUCGACCUUACGUAAGCGUUACCGUUCUUGAUGUAUGCAGCCCAGUUUUGUAUGUGGUUAGAGAAGCUCCAAGUGUACAUUCAACCGACGAAUGUAGGAAUUUUAUUCGUCUUGAACAACGGAUGAAUGCUUACUACCAUACGUACGAAGAAGAAAUUAUCAAAUUGCCAUGCAAGAAUACAUUGGUUUGUGUUAAUUUCGAUGGAAAUUGGUGCAGAGGAAAAGUGGAAUCUAUUUUAGAAACCACUACGGGUCCAAGGUUUACAAUAUAUUUAGUAGAUUACGGGCGAACCGUAAAAGUGGAGAAAAGUUGUAUUCGAAACUUAAAACCCGAAAUGAAGACACUUCCUUUUCAAGCAGUGAAAUUUCAGCUGAAAGAUUUACAUCCCUGUACUUUAAUGAUGCAAGCUGAUUGUUCGAUAAGCACCGAUCUUUCAGAAGAUUGGGAUAUUUCGUCUUUGGAAUUUGUGAAAUCGAUUCUAGAACAAAAUAAGUGCGCUAGAAUCAAAGUAGAAGAAGCAGAUUUUGAAGGAACGUUAAUUGGUACUCUGAUGGUUAUUUUACAAGACGAAUACGUCAGUUUAAACGAAGAAUUGAUUUGUAAUAAUUAUGCUCGUAUAGUCCCAAAGACAAAACCAGAAAUUUUAGACAAAGAAAUUUCUUCAAAUUUAAAACAAAAGGAAAUGCCUGAAUAUGAAAGUUUUGAAAGUUAUUAUAGAAAGAAAAACUUAAGGAUAAGGGAGUUAGAGGAAUUCAAAAAUGAGUUUUUAAUUAAUAGAGAAAAGAAAAAUAAACCGCCGUGUAAUUCAAUAUGUGAUGGAUUAUCUUUGCAAGAUUCAGAAACUUUAAAAGACAAUUUUGACAUUUCACAUGGCAGUGUACUGUGUUCGGAGAUGGGAAAUAAAACAAUUGUAGCUGUUUCGGAAGAAAGUUUUAAUUCGGAUGAAAAUCGGCAGUGUGUUACAGAGCAUUGCGAUAUAAAGAAGUUGAAUGUUAAAAUUGAUAUAGCAGCAAAAAGUGAAACAACAAUGAAAAAUGUCGUUCAAGAAUGUCCUAAUUAUAAUCAAAUAAAUACAGAUUCAUCAUCAAGACAUACAACAGAAAGUAAUCAAACAGUAAACUCAAAUAUCUCUUUAGGUAAAAGAAUUUUACACUUAUUGAAACAGGAUUCAGUGAACAAAAAACAUUUGGAUGGUAAAGUUUUAUCUACACCAAGAAGUCAGAAUGAAUCAAAUCCCAGUGUUAAAAGUAUUACACUGCAUACUAAGAAACAAAAUUCUGUUUCAUCAAUGGAAAGUAAAAAUCCAGUUUCUAAAAAUAAAAUUAUUGACAGAAUUCAAGUUGCAGAAAGUAGUAGUAAAAAUGAAUCUCAGUAUUUCAGAAAUAAUAAUAAUACAAAAGAAAACAUUAAGCUUUCAUCUGCAAAGUGUGAUGAUGUACGUAUUAGCAAAAUUAAAUUGGGCAAUUCUGAUAGCUUGACACACAGUUCAGCUUCAGAUGGUAACAUCCAAAAUUUGGAAUCAAAACUUAAUUACAAAAAUCCUCCAAUUUCAUCUUUAAAUGUUAGAGGCAUCCUUAAUAGGAUAAAAUUAGAAAAUAAAUGUGAUAAAACUAAAGAAUUAGAUAGUAAAUUUGAGUCAACAAUAUUUGAAUCAAAACCUGGUAUAUCAAAAAUAAGUAACACUACUCAAUUGGACAUGUCUUCAAAUACUAUUUCUAAACAAUUUGUUUUAAAUCCUAAAAGUAGAAUUGAAAUGGUGGCGAAAAGUAAUGUCAAGGAUGAAAUAUCACAAGAAAAAUCAGGAAUGUUAUCAGAAGUAAUUGACAAAAACAAGGAAUUCAGUUUAUCUGAAGAAGAUGCUAUUGAAUCUGUUCCAGAAGAAGAAAAUGCAAAAUGUAGAUCAUUGAAUAGUUCAUUUGUUGAAAAAAAGACUGAAAUAAUAAGUGAUAUUGAAAAUACAUCAAAUUUGUCUUGUAAUUUAGAUUCAGAAAAAAACAAAAUAAGAAACUCAAGUGUUUUCCAUAAUAAUCCUAAGAAUAUCUCUGACCAGGUGAAUAAUUCAUUAUCCAUGCAAAAUAAGGAUGCUAACACAUUUCUGUUUUCAAAAUAUUUACAAAGAAGUUCUAGUAUGAAAACAGAUGCAAGUGAUCUGGAAAGCUUUAUCUGGGAAAAAGAACAAUCUGUACGUAGUAUAUGUCAUGGAAAAGGAUUUCCAAAACCCAUGAGAAAUGUCAGUGCUGCUCCUUUUGCAAUUCCUAUUAUUGAGGUUCUAAAUGAGCAUCAUUUUCCAUCUCCAUCUCCCAUACAGACUGUAAUGUGGCCUGCAAUGUUUCGAGGACGGAAUUUUGUAUCUAUUGCUUCAGCACAUUCAGGAAAAACUUUUGGUUAUUUACUUCCUUUAUUAUCUUCUCUAUUUCAACCAACAUUAUAUGAAAAUAUUCCAAGUAAUGGAGGACCAAUUGCUUUAAUAUUAUGUUCUAAUUGGAAAAAAGUUCUAAAUGUUCAUAAUAACUGUCAACUUUUAUUGGAAAAAUACAAUCACAUAAAAGUUUUAGAAAUGUAUGGAGGUGGUUGUGAAACAGUACAGAAGAUAUCUCUUGUAAAUGGCUGCGAUAUUUUAAUUGCCACUCCUCCCUGUUUGUUACGUCAUCUGAAGGAUGAAGAAUGUAAAAUGAUUAACUUACAGCGUUGUUGUCAUUUAAUAAUAGAAGAUGGUGAUGUUAUAUUAACUAAAUUUUGUCCAGAAAUUAUAGAAAUAAUAGUGAAAUAUGCCAAGGACAAUAAACAAAAUCGUAUUAAUAAUCUAAAGCAACUAGUUAUUUGUUCUGAGCAUUGGAAUGAGGCAAUAUCUUCAUUUAUGCAGACUUGCAUGCAUGAACCAUUAGUUUUUAUAACAGCUUUUCAUGAAGGAGCAGUUUAUUCACAAGUUCCUACAUAUUGUCAUGUUUGUUUGGAGACUGAAGUUUUUACAUUGAUAAUUCAAAUUCUUUCUGGUUGUGCAGGUAAGAGAGUUGUAAUAUGUACCAAUAGUUAUGACAGUGCUCAUAAUAUUGUUCAGUUAGUUAAAAAUUCAGCAAUUUAUACAUUAUUCAUUCAUUCAAGAUUAUUACAUUAUGAUAAAGAUAAUAUAAUAAGAGAAUGGAAGAACAGUUAUAACUGUAAUAGCACUGUUGUAAUUGUUAUCACGGAUGACUGCAUAUUUGAUGUUGAUAUCAAUGAUGCAAAUUGUAUUAUUCAAUGUGAGUUAGACAAGAUUUCUUUUACUCAGUUUGGGCAACGUUACAGUUAUAUGUUAGAUAAUUUUCUAACUUUGAAAGAUGUUCAGGCUAAAGCAAUUUCUCCAUCUGUUUGUCAUAUAUUAGUAACUGAAAAUUGCAAGAUUCAAGUUAAAAAUUUAAUAAAAUUCUUGAACCGUCUUCCUUUACCAAUUCCAAAAAAACUUUUAAUAAUGGAAGAUGAAAGGAAAAAAGAAUUAGAAGACUGUCAAAUUGAACUUUGUUAUUACUUAAAAGCAUUCGGUCAUUGCUUUCAAGAAAACUGUAAAAACCGUCAUAAAAUUGUUAAGAAAUAUGAUCAGAUAAUGAAUUUGCCAGUAAAUAGCCGAGUAAAAGUUUUAAUUACAAAUGUAAUUGAUGCCAUCCACUAUUACGGACGCAUUAUUGAAUGUAAAGAUACAACUGGAGAAUCUAGUUCUUCACAUUCGUAUUUAGUUUUAAGUAUAAAAUUAACAGAAUAUUACAGUGUAAAAGAGAAUUGCAUGUCAGAUAAAAACAUCAAAGUAGGAAACAUGUAUGUUGUAGAGAAACAAGGUAAUACAUUUCAUCGUGUUCGUGUUCUGGAUAUAGUAAAUUUCAAUAAUAUUGGAGAACCGAGAAAUGUAAAAGUGCACUAUUUAGAUGAUGGUGGGCAAGAAAUAAUCUAUGCACAUAAAUUAUUAAAAAUUCCCUCUGAAUUAAUUUCUUAUCCAGCACAAGUUGUUGAAAUAUAUAUUUGUAAUGUCCAGCCUGUAGAUAAAUGUUUUGAAUGGACAACUCAAGCAGAUACAUUUGUUCACAAUAUAAUUAGUGGUAAGGAAAUGGAAGGAAAAUUAGUUUUAUGUUUAGGGUAUACAAUAUGGUUAGACCCAUUUGUUCACUAUGUUACACUUGAAAAUAAUUUAAAAAUAAUUGAAACAAAAAUUACUACUGCUCUGAUUAAGGAUCAUUAUGCUAUACCUAAUCCUGAUCAUCUUAAAAAAUUGCGUAGUCUUUGUGAGGGUGAGAUAACUUCAUUUAAUAAUAUAUUGGCGAAUGAGAAAGAAGAAAAUAAUGCUGAAAUUUCUCAUGCAGUGCCUCAAGCAUUUCUUGAAUUAGAUCAAAUUUAUGAAGUGUCUGUUUGGCAAGUUCAUAAUCCUAAUUUUUUUUAUAUUCAGCAAUUAAAUUUUAAAAAACAAAUUUGUGAUAUUUCCAAUGAAUGUGAAAAAAUGUUAAAUAAUAAUAUGUUAAUAAGACUUAAACAUUUUCAGAAAGAAUCAUUAUGUAUUGCUCCUUUUGUUGAUGGUAACUUGUGUCGUGCAUGCAUUAAGGAGGAGGAGGAAGAUAGUGUGGAUUUAUUUUAUGUUGAUUACGGUGUUAACUCUACAGUUAAAAAAUCUGGUUUGUAUGUUAUUCCAUCAAAUUGUCUCUUGUUACCUUUUCAGGCUAUUAAAUGUUCAUUGACAGGAAUUCCAUUUAAAGAUAAUUGGAAUAAAAAAGUAAUUGAUAAAUUUAAUGAUUUUAUUGAUUGUGAUGAUGAUAAAAAAGUAUUAUAUGCAAAAGCACUAAAACAAGAAUUUUCAGUUUCUGGAGAAAAGUAUUAUUUGAUCAAGCUCUGGAACUCAGACUUUGAUUUCACAGAAGAAUUUGCUAGGCAAGGAUACUUCCUGCAAGAUAAUACUGUAGAAACUAAUCCUAAAGAAUUAAAUGAUGACAAUUUUUGUGAAACUACCAAUUUGAAUAAUUUAAUGGAAGAUUUAAAUGAUGAAAUUAAACAAACUGUUUCCUUAUCUCCUGAAAACCAAAAUCAGCAAUCAGUUAAUAAGAAAUCAAAUAUUCCAAAAUUAUCCAGCAAUAUAUUACAGAUUGAUAAAAACAUUGUAACACCUCAAGUGACUUGGUGGCAAAAGAAGGAAGAAAUUAUUAUUACUAUACAUGUAAUUGGAGUUAAAGAUUUUGACAUUGAUAUCAAAGAAAAACAGAUUUACUUUUCUGCAAUUGUAAAUGGAAAGUGUUACAGAUUUGAAGAAGAACUAUUUUCCUUAAUCAACGAUAACAUGAGCAAAGCAAGAAUUUAUGGACAGAAUGUUGAAAUAAGACUAAGCAAAGCAAAGAAAGGAUUAAAAUGGCCACGUUUGAUUGCUACUGAACAAAAGAAAAUUUACAUUAAACUUAAUUUCGAUCAUUUGGAUGAUAGUGAAUCAGAAGAAGACAUUCCAAAAACAAAAAUUACUUUUGAUCCAAAAGAUGUUCUUAAUUUUGAACCAACAGAUGUUGAGAAUUCUGAAGAGAAUUCAGAAUUUGAAGAUGAUGAUUAUAAUUUCAUCUAAUUUUAUAUUUAAAAGAUGUUUGUUAUUUAAUGUUCAUUAAAAUUUUUGAAUGAAAAUAUGU